UGUGUUGGUCAACGUCAAGGUAGCUUCCAGAAAGCUGACGCUAGUUGCUUCAACUUGAGCGCCGCUCCCGUAUUUUUCUGCGUGUUAUAGUUUAGAUGCAGUUAAUGUCUCUUUAACAAACAAUUUUGUUCUAAGGAGUUUUACACGACAGCAGUAUCUCUGGCCUGCAGCACCUACAGCUACGCGGAAAUUGUUCGGCUAGGCUGGAAAGAUGAGCACAGAGGACGCUUUAGCUAAACUGAAGAGUAUCGUCCGCUCGUUGCUGAUUUCGUCCAAGCUGGGGUUGAACCCUGAGCAGCUCAGGCGGGACUACGAGAGCGUGUUGGGCCACCCCAUGCCGCUGAAAGAGCUGGGCUUCAGGAGCGUGAUGGACAUGGCCAGGGAGAUGCCCGACGUGGUUUCUCUGCACUACAGACCCGAUGGAACCCUAUACUUUACGGCUGUGUGUGACGAAUCCACUCAAGGGAUUGGAGAUCUGGUGGCCAAGCAGCGGUUGACUAAGUCGAACAAGAAAUUCAAGAAUGCUGCUCAGCAUUUCUCCCACUCUUACCGGAAAGUCCUCCCUCCAGCCCCACCUAGAAGAGGACGUACUCCUCCAGCGCUCCCAGCCCAGCUCAGGGCACAGCUGCGGGUUCUUCUAUCCCAGGGUCCAAUUAGGCCAUCGGAUUUACAUUCAUGUUAUUAUCGCUGUUUUGGCCGUCCACUGAACAUCAACGACUAUGGUUUCUAUUCCAUUGGAGAAAUGCUGGAGGCAGUGGCAGACCUGGUUAGCAUUCAACAAAGCAGGUUUGGCUCGGUUCUGAUCCUGAAGGAGCAUUUGUUACACCGUCCAAACCCCAAGCUGUCUGACAAACCAAGUACUGAACCAGAAAAGUCAAGAUUAACUUCCACUUUCAAGCCUUUGUCCGCCGUGUCAGACAACCAAGUUGUUGUGCCAACAAAACCUACAGCUGCAGCUUCGGUUCGACAGAGUCCUCCCCCAUCUGAGACCCCAGCUCAGCUGGUCCAUAACAGCACAGUUGUCGGUGACAAGCCCAAGGUGGUCGGGACAGUCCACGAAGCACAAACAGUCCCAAGCUCGAAGACCUAUGAAAAACGUGUACUAAAGCUGGAGCAGGAGCUGCGUCAGCAGAUCAUUGAGAACAGUGUUUCUGGUGUUGUUAGUCAGGAUCUGAAGGACAAGCUGCUGAAGGUUGUAAGUCAGUCAAAUGGAGGACUGUCUGUUCAUGACCUGCCAGCUCAUUACAAGAGGCUUUUUGACGAAGAGCUGCCGUUGUUGGAGAGUGGCUUUGUCAGUGUCACAGAGCUGGUUGGCGCUCUGACUGACAUCGUCCUCGUGAAACCAGCAAAUGAUGACAAUGAGAACCACUUGAUAGUCAUGGAUGUAAACAACGUUGACAACAAGCAACCGGAUUUGUCACUGAAAAACGUCUCUGGGAAAUCCCUCUGGAAAGAGGAAACGAAAAGCAGCGACUCCUUUAAGACCCAAGAAAUGCAAAGAUCUGCCAUAAAACUUGAGGCGAAGUGUGAGAUGUACCCUCCCAUUCAGGUACAUUGUAGCCCUGCCAUUCCCCUGGACGCCCUGCAGGAGCAGCGGCUCAAACCUCCAACGCGCUGCGCUCUGCGGCAGCUGGUACAAGUUUUGGUGGAGUCGGUGGAGUCACCUGGACUUUUCUACAUACGUUUCAUUGAGAGUAAAGAGACCAGAGCUUUGGAGGACAUGAUGAUCGAGAUGAGGCGAUAUUACAUGUGUCCUGAUGUGUCAAAACGAUACCGGCUUCUUGCACCGUUUAUCCGACAGGGUCAAGCCUGUUGCGCGUUGACCAAAUCAUCCUGGUUCUACCGAGUGGUAAUCAACCGGGUUAUCAACCCAACCCAGGUUGAGGUCUACUUUGUUGAUUUUGGAAAUACAAUGGUGGUGCAGAACACUAGUCUCAAGUUUCUUAAAUCAAUAUACUCUGUUCUUCCGGCUCAAGCUGUUCCUGCCUCCCUCAGUGGAAUCAAACCCAUCUCUGGCACGUGGACAUGUAAAGCCAUUGAUUCCUUCAAGGCAUUGUGCUUUGAGCGCAUCCUGGUGGGUGCUGUGGAUAGCUACGCUGACGAUGUUCUGCAGUUGUUUCUGUGUGACACAAGCACAGACGAGAACAUCUAUCUACAUGAAGUUCUGCUGAGCCAAGGUCAUGGGACCGCCUGCCGCUCUGCAUUGUGCAUCAAAGUUACACCAGUAAGUCUAUACCUGGGGAAAGGAGCGGUGGACUUACCAGAGAUAAAGUCUGAGGAGAUUUCAUCUCUUGAGUCAGCAGAAGAACCUCUUGAUUCCACAGAAGAUGCUCAGAAGGCAGAAGAGGAUGAACUACCCGAUCUUGAGGUUAUUGAGUCAAAUGACAUAAUCCAAGUUCAGGAUAUGGAUUCCAACCCAAGCGGUGCUCAUUUAUCUGAGGACACGCUUAGCCAUAAUGGACGCAGUGAGGCCUCAAACCAUGAAUCCCCCUCUGCCAGUCCUGAAAGUCCAUCCUCCACCCCUCUCCUCACAUUUUCACAUUCAAACCAGACUCUGACAACUCCAGCUCACGUAGACGCUGACUCAAACGUCAUGUCUUUUCUAGAAACUCCACCCAGCAGCGAUUCCAAGCCUCCUGAUCCAGCUCCUCAGGAUGUGCUGCAGUCAAAGGCCGCUGACUCAUCCUCAGACCAACCCUCUCUUUUUUGGAGGAUGCUUGGACUCCACACCACUAUCCUCAACAGGAGUCCAGAAGCAUCUGGGCCCACUCUGAACCUCCGGCGUUCUGGUUCCUGCUUUCCUCUGUUCGGUGGAGGAGGCCUGUGACGACACCUUCUCAGAUAACCACUUUGGAAAACAAGUCAUUUUGUUACAUUGUUUUGCUCUUUAAAUUGUUUCAAUUCCUGUCCUUAAAAAUGUUUAUAUAAUAAGAAUGUUAGUAUCAGGAAGAUUUUGUUUACAAAAAAAAGUUAGUAUUUGUUUAACUUAUUGUACAUUUAUGUCAUUUGAAGCAAUGUUCAACAGAUGAAAGCUAGAAAAUACAAUGAAAGUAUGUUUUCUGUUCUUUUUAGAAGGAUUUUCUAUUUUAAUUUAAUUUAAACCCUUAAAGAUAAAUAUGGGAUACGUUUUUUAAGAACGGAUUUUGAAAAAAAUGAAAGGUUACGGUUCAUUCUGUUAAUAUUGGAAAACUUUAUUGGGACAGCUUUUACCAUACAUUCACAAUAAACAAUAUUAAUGAUAUUACCUUAAA